GUGGAGUUAGUUAACUAGACUUCAUUGCCGGUCCCAAGCCCGGAUAAAGCAGGAGGGUUAAAGGGGGUUGACUACCCACCUUUUACAAAAAAAAAAACCAUAGGUUACUUAUUCUCAACAGUCUAGUCUCGGAUUUCGGACAUAUUUAUAUAAACGACCUGGAACUCGUCAUAUGGCUUAUAAAGUUGGAACAUGGAACGUAAGAACAUAUUUGGCCCUAAGAAGUUUCCUCCGGAGUAAACUACUAAGUAGGGGUACCAAAAUUAUUAUAUACAAAACAAUCAUCCAACCUGUACUGACCUAUGCCAGUGCAAUCUGGACCCUACGCAAAAGCCUGGCUGAAAAGAUUGAUAGUUUUGAAAGAAAAGUGUUGAGGCGCAUCAUGGGGCUAGUUAAAGAGAAUGGUACAUGGCGUUUAAGGAAGAACAAAGAGAUCUACGACUUAUUCGACGAUCUCCGAGUUUCUCAUUUCGUGCGAAUUCAACGCUUAAAAUCGCUGGGGCAUAUUAUCUGAAUGGAUGAAGGUAGAGCCAUGAGGAAAUCAUAUUAUGGAACCCCAGAUGGAGUCAGACCAAAGGGAAAGUGGAAGGACUCCAUGGCUGAGGACUUGAUGAUGGUGGGAGUAUCCAGCAGACAUGCUGCGGACCGAAAUGAUUGGGAAAGGGUAAUUGAGAGGGCCAAGGGCAGCUUCAGGCGCCUGUUGAGCUGUUAAAUUUAAUUAAUCAAGAUUUUAAUUAGCAAAUAGAAGUGUUUCAUAUUCAGUUUCGAAAAAUUUUCCCUUAAAUCAGAGUUAAUUGAAAAUUAUAAUUAGGACUUUAAAUUUAGGAUCUUUAAGAACAAAGAUUCAAUCUUAGGAGAUUCAUUUUUUACUCUUAAUUCAUUAUUAAUUUAAAUUUUUACAUUUCAAGCAUUGCAUAAUGAUGAAAACAAUUAAUUUAGCUUUUGUCUCAAAACAAGAGUAUAUUUUGGACAAUAAAAAAUUAUUUAAAGGAAAAAAUGUAAUUGAUAUUGGGAGUGGAUCUGGUGCUUGUGCUAUUGCUGCUGCUUGUUGUGACGAUGUGACAGUUAUUGCAAAUGACAUUGAUCCAGUUGCUUGUGAAGUUAUAUCUAUGAAUUCAAGAUUAAACAAUGUGAAAAUUCAUAUAAAUAAUCAAAAUUUGCUCCUUUCAUCUCUUCUUAUGAAAGUUGAUGUUAUACUUAUUGGUGAUUUAUUUUAUGAUAGUGAAUUUGGAGAUAUAUUAUUUCAAUGGUUACUCAAAUGUAGAAAGAAUGCCAUCAGUAUUUUUAUUGGUGACCCUGGACGCUAUGUAUUAGAUUAUAACAAGAAAAAACAAUUAUCCUUGGUGAAAGAAUAUUCGUUAUCAGACAAUGCCAUUUUAGAAAAUUGUGGUUUUUCUAGUGCAUAUGUGUGGCAAAUGUAGAACAUGAGUGUUAUAUCAGUAUUAGCUUCAUUCACAUACAAUGUAAGAACAUAAACAAAUAAAUUAUACUUAUUUUUUUAGUCUCA